UCAGUUAACGACAUGUGAUAUCCUCACGUCCAUGCAUACAUUCAUGCAUCGCAUUUGCAUUCCUGUGGAAUUUGCACAUCGAGUGCAGGAUUCCGAUGGCUGCUCAACGACGUGAAUAUACGGCCUUGGGCUCAUCCUUGUCUAAUUACCAUAUGCUCAUCACGUACAGAGGGCUCCAUAAUGGCUCCAUGAUAAUAGUAAUAACUUGACUGUAUGUAUAGGCCCAUAGGCCUAAGUGUGUAUCUCUCCACGUUGCAAACUGAUGAUACGUGUGUUGAGGAUUGUCCGUGACCCGGUAAUGCUGUGUAGUGUGAUGAGGACAGAUGCAGUGUGUGCGAGGGUGUGUGCAUAAUGCGAAGAGUACGCGUGGAUUGCGACAAGCACUGUGUUAAAUGGAUUGGAACUAGACCUCCGCGGCGCAUACAUUGUGUACUGUUCAGCAACCGUACCACGCAACAUGGUAUCUGCUGAAAAGAUGAAAAUGAAAAAUAUAUGAAUAAUAAUAGCGUCGUGGUAACUAAUCGUAACGAUCUGUCUGCAUCGAAAACUGCCGAAGAGCAAGAACUGACUUGAGACCAUCACACCGGAGCCUGCGGAGGUAGCUGGGGGCAGUUUCGAGUGAAGGAGUUUCGGAUGAACGGUUGUGUUGUUAAUGUGAGCGUUUGGGCAGCUGUGAUAUGGGGAAAAUCAGCGGAUUUCAGAUCGUCUUUGCCGAUAAUGAGCGGGAAGUGUUCAAUGGCGGGGACAUCAUUCAGGGACAUGUGCGGCUGGAACUGGAUGCAACCAAGCAGUUUAGAGGGAUAUACAUGCACUGGAAAGGCCGAGCCGUCGUGACGUGGACUGAGAUCGAGUCCAGAGGCAAAUCAAAAGUCACCGUCCUGUAUGUGGCAGGGGAAGAUUACUUCGACCAGUACAUCACAAUCAUGGGGAAAGACAGAACAGAUAAUGACGACCAUCGGUUGGAGUUACCAGCCGGCACGCAUUGUCUCCCCUUCAAGUUCAAGCUACCCAACAGGCCGCUGCCAUGUUCGUUCGAGGGAACCCUGGGAUACGUGCGGUUCUUCACGCGCGCUGUCAUCGACCGACCCUGGACGUUCGAUCACGUGACCAAGAGAGCUUUCACGAUCUCCGGAAUACCUUAUGACCUGAACAAAGUACAGAACCCUCUGGCACCGAUAUAUAAUGAAGACGAAAAGACUGUAUGUUGCCUGUGUUGUGCAACUGGACCAAUCUCCGUCAGUGCAAGUACCGACAAACGCGCCUAUCUCCCCGGCGAAACCGUCUACAUUUCUGCGACGUUGGAAAACAGGAGCAAUCGAAGCGUCCACUCGCUUGAAGCCGAACUAAUUCAGUCUGUCAAUUACUAUGCAAGGCGAGAUGGCGUGGGCUCGCCCAGUUACCGGACAACCUCUCAUGUUGUCACCAGCGUAGUGUCUGAGGCCUGCGGGGCCUACGCCUCCGCACACUGGGACAGAAAACCCAUGAUCAUCCCACCGCUGCCACCAUGUAAUCUGGAAGGCUGCAACUUCAUUGACAUACGGUAUUAUGUUAAGUUCACCGCCGAUGUUGCUAGCACACCAUUUGACGUGGAUUUAAUGCUGGAGAUUGUGGUUGGCACGAUACCAUUAGCCGGCCACUGCUAUGGAAGUCUGUCCGCCAACCAGCCAGGUUCUUCCUCAGGUCCUCCUCCUACGUACGAGGCGGCCAUUGGCGGGCAACGAGAGAUACGCGAUGAACACGACAAUGAAUAUGUCUUUGGGAAGCUGGUGUACACGCCGUUUUAUAUGUUUUACCGCUAUCAUAACGUCGAAGGCGGGCACCAGUCAGCAAUAGAAAAGUCUACCACUGUAUAAAACAAAUAGGGGUCUGACUCUCAGUGAACGGGCCAGUUAGUCAGUUUGCAUUGCUCUAGCGCUAAACAUGACAAUAUGCAGUAGAAAAUGGGGAGGGGUGUACAUUAUGUUCCCUUAGAAAAUAUAUUUAACGUAUGAAAUUAUCCACCUAUCUGAAUUAUAUUAACAUUUUCAGUAAAAUUCCUCAGGUGCAAUUUUUUUCUGACUAAUGAAAAGAAUAUAAUUCGCGUAUAAACUUUGUUUCGAAAACAUUCAAAUAUCAAUUCGAUGGCACCUUGACGUAUAUCUUCCUUUUUUUUAGUUAUAGAAUUUAGCCCUUUUGUAAAUUGUCCCGAACUAUUUUAGAUUUGAUCCAAAUUCUACAGUCUUUUAUGGGAGCAAUAUUGAAUGCGAAAUACCUGAUGUUUUAUAAGAGAAUGUCGGCGAGGAUAUUUCCUCGACAUUAUGGGACUACAAUCCCGGCUAAAAUGGGUGGGACACGUCCACACAAUGAGGUCCCCCGCUCCCCCGGUCAAUGUUGUCACCUCGCGCUUGAGCACAGAACGCGCAAUGAGAGACAACAUUGGCCGGGGGCGGGGGCGGGCCCAGCGAGUUUUGGCCGGGAUUGUAGGAUCAAAGUGAACAAGUAGACUUUUUUAAGUGUGAAGGUAUUUUCAUGAAAAAA